UCGCCACUCACUCUUUCGGUCCUUUGCGACGAGGUUCUCCCGUUUGUGCCGGAGGGAUACAUCGUCGUCUCGAUCAACCCCCUCGUCUCCAAGAACUCUCCCCCUACCGCCGUAGCCCCAUACAUCGCGAUCCGAUUCGAUUAAUCGAUCGAGAGAGAACUCCCGCGCGAUGGACUCGCGGCGUCUCGAUAGACUUGAAGUUCGUCUCUAACCGCGGCUCUAUCGCGUUCAGUUUCGCUUCCCUUACGGAAGGACGCGUCUCUUGAAAUGCGCGAGCUCUCGCGAAGUGGCGGCUAGCGAUCCGUCUGAGAGAGAAAUCUUGGAGUAUAUUCGCGAGAAUAUACGCGCGAUAAGUUCUACGGAAAGAAGUUCCGCGGAGAGAUUUUCGAAAGAGUUCCUCUCCGUAAAAUACGGCUUCGGGAACGACGACGUGGGGGGGCGGAGGGUGGGGUCCGAGGUGAGGCAAGGCAAGGGACGACGGAAACGGGCAUGGGUCUGACGGAUACCAGUUUCGAGCUACUCUUGACCCUGUGGCGAGUCUUCGUCGUGGGAGUCCUGCCGUGGACUGCCGAGGAGCCGCGCGGUCAGUGUCGCGGUGUCUCGCCGAGCUGCAACAUUCACGGCGACACCGUCGCCCAUACCCGAAGGAUGUCGUCGACGGUGUUGAAGAAUAUCGCGAAGGGCGACGUCGGCGGCGGCGACGGCAGGGAGACCUGGUCGGGAAAGCUCGACUUUCUGCUCUCGGUUAUCGGUUUCGCCGUCGAUCUCGCUAAUGUGUGGCGAUUCCCGUACCUUUGCUACAAGAACGGCGGUGGUAAGUAUGCGCGCAUUUUGGUCCCCUAUUGCAUAAUGUUGGUGGUUGGCGGUAUUCCUCUGUUUUACAUGGAACUUGCUCUCGGUCAGUUUAAUAGAAAAGGUGCUAUCACGUGUUGGGGUCGACUUGUGCCGCUUUUCAAAGGUAUCGGUUACGCGGUCGUCCUGAUCGCGUUUUACGUUGACUUCUACUACAACGUCAUCAUCGCCUGGUCGCUCCGUUAUUUCUUCGCCUCGUUUUCCACGAUGUUGCCAUGGACCACGUGCGACAACCCCUGGAAUACGCCGCUGUGCCGCGAGUUCGACGCAAACGUCUCCUACACUUUCGAGGAUGGGCUAACCGGCGAGAUGAAUAUCGGAAAUGUCACCCGACUUCUGCUCGAUCAAGGAUCGGAAGCCGUCCUGGCGGAUAAUCAUACGAGCGCCGCGCAUGAAUACUUCAACCGCGCAAUCUUGGAGCUGCACCAAAGCGAGGGCUUACAUGAUCUUGGAGCCAUUAAGUGGGACAUCGCGCUAUGUUUGCUCGUAGUCUAUCUGGUCUGCUAUUUUUCUCUGUGGAAAGGCAUCUCGACUUCCGGCAAGGUAGUCUGGUUUACCGCUCUCUUCCCUUACGCAGUCUUGCUGAUUUUGUUGAUAAGGGGUGUCACUUUGCCGGGUAGCAUGGAAGGGAUCCGUUAUUAUCUCAGUCCAAAUUUUGCAGCUAUCACGAAAGCAGAGGUAUGGGUCGACGCCGCGACGCAGGUAUUUUUCUCUCUAGGACCCGGGUUCGGAGUGUUGCUGGCUUACGCGAGUUACAACAAGUAUCACAAUAAUGUUUACAAAGACGCCCUGUUGACGAGUCUGAUUAACAGCGCGACGUCCUUCGUCGCAGGAUUCGUAAUAUUCUCGGUGCUCGGUUACAUGGCACGCGCCAGCGGAAAAUCCAUUCAGGAUGUCGCCACGGAAGGACCCGGUUUGGUCUUCAUCGUCUAUCCGGCAGCCAUCGCAACUAUGCCCGGCUCGAUGUUUUGGGCGCUCAUCUUCUUCAUGAUGUUACUCACCCUCGGCUUGGACAGCUCGUUCGGAGGUUCGGAGGCGAUUAUAACGGCACUUAGCGACGAGUUUCCUGUAAUCGGCAAAAAUCGUGAGGUUUUCGUGGCAUGCUUGUUCACUCUAUACUUUCUGGUCGGACUCGCCUCUUGUUCGCAGGGCGGAUUUUACUUUUUCCACUUGUUGGAUCGAUACGCGGCCGGAUACUCGAUGCUGUUCGCCGUUUUGGCAGAAACCAUCGCGGUCAGCUGGAUCUAUGGAACGGACCGAUUUUGCGCAGACAUUAAAGACAUGAUCGGAUUCAGGCCUGGUCUCUACUGGCGCGUGUGCUGGAAAUUCGUAGCGCCACUCUUUCUGAUGUUUAUCAUCGUCUACGGUCUAAUGGGCUACGAACCAUUAACGUACGAGGAUUACGUAUAUCCGGUUUGGGCAAAUAUAUUGGGAUGGCUGAUCGCGUGCUCGUCCAUCAUCAUGAUUCCAGGUAUGGCGAUCUACAAAAUCAGCACCACACCCGGAUCUUUCGUUCAAAGGCUAAAGAUCCUGACGACGCCGUGGCGGGACACGCAGCAUCAGAGGAACGACCUGUCCUCGGUGGCGAACGGCGCGAUUCGUCGAAGUUUCUUGGCCGAGCAAGAUUUCGAGAUCACCAAGAAUCACGAACUGACCAAGGAACAGACGGAGGUAAUGAUUCAAUCUCGAGAGGGUGUCAAGGGGAACGAUCCGCCCCCCGAGCCGGUCUAGGACAGUGCGGUUGUGAUUUUGCACGGUGCCCGGUUCCAAGUAUACCUCUGCUAGAGGACGAUCGCCCGAGCAAGGUCCUACGACAACGAUAUAUAACAGUAUGAAAGCGAACAAAGACGAGGAAAAUCUUUUACACGGAUCGAGCACGACGCGUCUUGUUUUUCAUUUGAGGAAUACCGGCUUGAUUUUUCAAUGAUAUCCUCUUCGAGGGCGAACCGACGACUGUGUUUGCGCGUUUCGCGGAUUCCGCCGAUGAGAGAACGGAAGCAGAAGCCCCAUUUCGCGUAUUUUAAUUGUGAUGACAACUGUCGUGUAGAUAUAGAAUGUAUAAAAUCGAAAAGAUCUAUAUAGGGAAAGAGAACGGAUUUCUCACACACAAUAUAUACGUAAUCGUCAGCCUCGCUUUCCUUCGGUCGGGAUUCCCUGGCGAUAACCCACCCUUCAUUCUACCCUAUGUAAAUAUAAUCACGCGCAAUACGACGAUGAGAUUGAAGGUGCGAUGUCUGAACAAACAAGCAAUUGAUGUAUGCGCUUCUUCUAACGAACGGUGUUUGUCAAAACGGGAUUGCACCUAUACCUUACCUUAUACCUAUGUAACACCCUGGACGACAGCUUUAAAUCUAGGAGAACUGUUUACGCUAUUUAUCUAGUUUAGCGUAGUCUCUCGAUCACACGUCGAUUUGCUGGCGACGUGACAACUAAUGGAUUCACUUUCAAACAACUAACGAUAACUACUAUAUCUUGAAGGCACAAGCUCCCUUUUCCUAGUCGUUUCGCGAUUUGAAACGAAUUUGUUUCGUUCAAAUAAAACCGAUUUUUUUUCUCGGAUCAAUGAGAAUUAUAUAAUCGCAUAAAAUAUUCACUUCGCGUAUAUAAAGAUGUUACAUAGAACAGAAAUUAUAUUAUAACGCUAUAAGAUAUUUUAAGAGGAAAAGAUUACACGACCUCGAUUAAUCGAUCGUUGUUAAGCGAUUCCUUUCCUAGAUCGCGUCGCUGUCUAUAUAAUAGAAAAGGAAAGGAAUCGAGUUAAUUAAUGCGAUUAAUGUUAAUCGACGUCGGUGCUUUAGCGAGUUAGGAAUUUACAUUUUCGUUUGACCAAUCAAACGCUCGUACGUCAGGCUUACAAAGCCUGGGCGAUAAAUGCUGUGUGGACUAUACGCAAAUUAUAAUCAUCGGUAAGAUGUUAAGCAAUCUAUUAAGUCUUAUUGCCGGUGUAAAUACGCUUCAUCGAUAUUCCGCUCAGUCCUCAAAUCCUAAUCAAAUAAUAUAACGAUUCAUUUUUUUUACAUAAAUAUUAUUUUUCAUCGCGCUUAAAUUCGCUGCAAUUUUCUAGUCACGAUAUCACACAUACAUAUAUAUAUAUAUAUAUAUCUGAUUGUUAUAUAUAUAUAUUCAUUGAAAAUUCAGAAAUAUAUUUGACGACACUUUCUCUCUAAUGACUAGAAAAUUGAGCUAAGCAUUUUAACACGACUUUAUCUAAUUUAUAUUAAUAAUUCACUUCUUAUGACGCAUCUAUUUGUCGAAUGUAAAAAAAUACGUGAAUUUUAUAUUGUGAAUUACGUAUGUCAAUCACGUAAUCCGGCAUAAACAUUCGCAAUAUUGCCGUAUUUCACGCGCACUUAAGAUUAAAUGCGGCCUGAUUCUCUCAAUUUUAGAUAUUAAACUUUGAGAUCGCAUUCAGUGCGCAACUAGAGUCAAACACAGCUACAUUUAUUUUAUGCGCGUUUAAAACUUCUCAAUUCAAACUUUCGAUGGACGAAUCUGUAUUCUGUGUCCUAUUUUCAAUCAUCUCUCAAUUUUUUUAAUCGUCUCAACUUUUACUACUAUCACGUAUUAAUUUUCCUAUUUAACAUAUCGCCAUCGAAUAAUCUUUUGAUCUUUUGAUUAAAUGCAAAAGAUCAAACGUGUACGCUGCGAAUACGGGUCGACUCGUGUGGAUAAACGCAUCGUGGAUUUCGUAAAAGGAACGACCGGAGAAUCAGAGUAGGAAUCUCUAGUAGUUUGACAGACCGUAGUUUAAUAUUUAACGAGUAUUCAAAACCCUAACGUGUGCUCUACUUGUCUAUCUACUUCCACACUACUGUUAUGUGUCAUCGUGCGGUAAAAUCGAGGACGACAAAUCGUUUUCCUAAUUCUCACACAUAAUGUCACAUAGCGCGUGAUGCGGAAUUCUGUGCUAUGAUUACGACAGAACCGUUCGUCAUUAUCCAGCACAUUAACUGACACAGAAUUGACCAAUAUAGCGUAGAUAUUCGAUGCAUAUUCUGAGAUGGAAAUAUCCCCGAUUCGAACAUUUCUGAAUGUCUGAUUGAGCAUUUAUUUUGUUUUAUUCAGAAAAAUCUGGUAAAUUGCUUCAAUAUACAGCUUGAGAGCUGAAGAAAAUAUAUACAAUAACUAUUUUUUUCUCAAAUUAUAAUAUCGAU